AUGGAAGUGAUACAGAGUGUGGUGAUCAACUUAUUCUGCUAUUGGCUCGCUACAGAAGUGGAAAUUCUACAGACAGAGACUAAGCCACACCCAGGCAGUAAAGUUUUGGUUGACUUUGCCAUCAGUUUCUAUGUUAUAACAGCUGCAGGUGGUCUCAGUGUGUUAGCCACAGCAUUCAACUGUCUUUGUCGUUAUCCCUUAUACGAGGACAGUCAAGGAGAAUCACUCUUGGAUGAAUAUGAGGGCCUGGAGGCCCUACUUCCCCCACCCCCAGCCCCUGACAGGAGUCUGUCCCCGAACUCUCUUCCAGCCCCUCCCGCAUACUCCCCAUGA